AUUGUUUAUUUAUUAAAGUGAGUAAUCUUCUUGCUUUCAAAAAAAAAAAGUGAGUGUUCUUCUUCUUAUAUAGCUUAAUUAAUUUGUCGAAAGAAAAAUGGCUGGAAAUAAUAUCAUUGUUGUUUUCGACUUCGACAAAACUAUUAUCGAGUGUGACAGUGACUAUUGGGUCGUCCAACAAAUGGGUGCCACAAAACUCUUCCAUCAGCUUCUCUUUACCAUACCAUAUUUCAAUACUAUCAUGAGAAAGAUGAUGAAAAAGCUUCAUAAACAAGGAAAAUCCAUCGAUGAGAUUGUUGAGGUUCUUAAGCAAAUCCCCAUACAUCCCAGAGUUAUCCCUGCCAUUAAAGCUGCUCAUGCUCUUGGGUGUGAUUUGAGAAUUAUUAGCGAUGCAAAUAUGUUCUCGAUUGAAACCAUGCUGAAACAUUUUGGUGUGAGAGAAUACUUUUCAGAGAUCAACACCAAUCCAAGCUUCGUAGAUGAAAAAGGAACACUCAUCAUUGAACCUUUUCAUAAUUUUAGAAACUCCUCACAUGGCUGCACUACUAACACAUGUUCUCCUAACAUGUGUAAGGGUUUGGUUAUAGAAAGAAUAAAAGCUUGUGAUGAGGGAAAGAAUAAAAGAAUAAUUUAUGUUGGUGAUGGAAGAAAUGACUAUUGCCCAAGCUUGAAGCUGAAAGAGAAUGAUUUUGCGAUGCCAAAGAAGAAUUUUCCAUUGUGGGACUUGAUUUGCAGUAACCCACUUCUAAUAAAAGCCAAAAUUCAUGAAUGGAGCAAUGGUGAUGAAUUUGAGAAGGUUUUGCUAAGACUUAUUAACUCUAUUUGUAGUGGUGAUGAUAUCAAGUCUGUUUUGAGUUCAGCUGAUUUCAUUAGGCCAAAUCAUCAAGUAGUACCAGUCAGCCGAUACCGAUGGGACAAAGAUCCGUGGUCAUCAGACGAUGAUUGAUGCAAAUACACCAAUAAUAUUAAUUAGUGGCCCUCUUAUAUAUUCCCUUUCCAUUAUUUUACUUUUACUAUUUAAUUUUAUUGUUCUUUUAUAUCACAAAUCUAUUUUGGGCUAUAACAAUAAAAUAUUAUAUUUAAAA